AUGGAACUUUGGGACAUUCUAUCAUCAAAGACCAUUCUCAGCGCAGCCGGGCUGCUCCUUCUCUAUGGCAUUUACCGAUUGCUCAAGGUCGGGAAACGCGACCCACGACUACCACCAGGGCCGCCGACCGUGCCGAUUCUUGGGAAUAUGCUGGAUGUUCCCUCCACGGGCCUAGGCAAAAAAUUCAUGGAAUGGUCACACCAAUACGGCAAGAUAUAUUCCCUCAAAGUGGGAUCAGGAACGAUCAUUGUUAUAUGCGAUCGCAAAGCUGUUCACGAAUUGAUCGAUAAAAAAGGCAGCAUCUACUCCGAUAGACCGCCUAACAUCGUCCCGCUCUUCAUCACUCGCGGCAAUUAUAUGACUAUGGAAUGCCAGAGUCCUGCAUGGCGUGAAAAGCGGACAGUUGUGACUAGAAACCUCAAUCCAAAAUUACUUGAUGAGAAACAUUUCAGUGUCCAGGAGGCCGAAGCUGUCCUUUUAAUGAAUCGCUUAGCGACUGAACCGAAGAAAUUCUUCCCCUACGCCAGACUAUACGCGUCCUCAGUUGCCGCUGUACUGGCUUGGGAAUUCCGUGCCAAGAGCCUCGACUCUUUCUGGUUCAAGGAUGUCUCUGAAAUGAUCGAAGAGUGGCUCGAGGCAAUCGAACCCGGUGCCAACCCGCCAGUGGAUCCAAUUCCUGCUUUGUGGCAUUUGCCCGGCAAAUGGAAGAAGCGUGCCUACCGCAUGCGUGAGAAGAUGGACACGAUCUGGGGCAAAGGGCGCCAGUUGGUCGAAGAGCGCCGUGCCCGCGGCGACAAGCGUGAAUGCAUGAUCGAUAUGAAGCUGGAUGAGUACAACAAGGGCGGUUGGCCAAUGAGUCAGCAGGGGCUCAACAACCUCUUUGGUGAAUUGAUGGAGGCUGGCGCUGAUACCACUGCGAACCAGAUCCUCACUUUGAUCCUGGCUUUGGCUAAGAACCCCAAGUUUCAGGAAAGGGCUCGUGAGGAGAUCUAUGCCGUGUGUGGGACUGAGCGAGCGCCGCUGUUCUCUGACUUCGAGAAGCUGCCUUCUAUCAACGCCAUUGUGAAGGAGGGUCUCCGGUGGCGACCUACGUGA